AUGCCCCCCCUGGGCGAAUGCGACCCCCGUUUUACAGAGGAGGAUCAGGACUCGCCUAAAGAUGCACUACCCCAACCCCAGCCCACCCUCAGUCUUUUGCAGGUGGGGCUGCGGCAGCUGGACAUGUCCCUGCUCUGCCAGCUGUGGGGCCUGUAUGAGUCAAUCCAGGACUACAAGCACCUGUGCCAAGACCUGAGCCUGUGCCAGGACCUGUCGUCCUCCCUGCACUCGGACAGCUCCUACCCGCCUGACGCCGGCCUGUCCGAUGACGAGGAGCCUCCCGACGCCAGCCUGCCCCCAGACCCACCGCCCCUCACUGUGCCGCAGACGCACAAUGCCCGCGACCAGUGGCUGCAGGACGCCUUCCAGAUUAGCCUCUGAGCAGGAGGCAGGGACAUGCAUGGCCGCAGAGGCUCAGGACUUGCCCCAGCAAGGGCUCAGACGGCAGUGCCUGCUUAUCCUAUGGCAUCUCCCCGCAGAGGGGGCAAAGCCUGAGACCCCAGAGGCAAAGCUGCCAGUCCCCCUCUCCUGUCCUGGGUUAGCUGGCACUGGGUGGGACCUCAGCUACAGCCGCCGCCGGUGGGACUGCCCCGCACCCGUGUGCCCCAGGGUGGCCAGCCCUCGGUCUGGUGGCCGGGCCCAAAGCACCUUGCCUCCAGGCUUCUCACUGGGACGAGGGUCUGCUCCCACCUCCCUUUCACCUUUUGCUGCUCUUGGCAGCUGCUGCUCAGGGGCACCCACCCCAGGCCCCGGGGGUCCACUGCCCUAGACCAGGGCUCCAGAACCCAUUCAUGCGCCUACCCACGGCCGGGAGGGUCCAGGCUCCGAGCUGGAUGUUGAAGUGUAGAGGCCAGCCUCCUGGGCGCUAGAUAAAUAAAUACUAUUCAGCGA